UCACAUCUAUCUCGAUUCCUCAUCUCCUCUUUCCGCAAUUGACCAUUGCACAUUACGAUCAACCUCUCUCCUCAUAACGCGACCAUCGCUCUCGUGUGCUAUCCGUCCCUCAUAUAAUCCUUCCCCCGCUCCUCCCGCUCCUCCCGCUCCCUCUCCUCCUCCUCUUCCCCUCCGUCCCCCCCUCCCUCCCUCUCUCUCUCACCACCUCAAACCCCCUCGAAAUAAUUCCUUAAUUCUUACCGAACACAACUAACAAACAGCCAUAGCAACGAUCGCCGAUCCUUUGUCCCUGUCCACAGUUAUGGCGCAUAGUAACAACACCGAUGGACUUUAUCAUCCACAAACAUACUCGUUCCUGAGCCCAGAGACCUUUGAGACCCUGGUCGAGGGGUACAUCAACCAGCUCCACGUCCGUAAACGAAACAAAGCUCUGAUCACCCAACAGCUCGCCAACGACUGCUUGAUGGUCCUCACCAACCCAGAGAACACUGCAAUCUUCAACCCAAAAUUCCGGUGGUGGGUCCGUAAGCACUUUGUGUUCACUGUCGUGGGUGAGCUCCGAAUUUUGUUGGAUAAGAAGAAUGGUAAACCUGUGUGUGUGCGGGAACAGCUGUAUGACAAGGUUUGCUAUUUUCAUCACAUCAUUGGACAUGGAGGACGCGACAAGACCUUUGCUGCUAUCACAAAAUCGUACUCCAAGGUCCCUGCAGAACUGGUCUCGCUCUUCACGAAGAACUGCCAGACAUGUCUUGGUGUCCGCAAGUACAGCAAAAAUAAACGCCCCAUCCUGAACGAGAACGAGUACCCACAUCACCAUCACCAUCAACAACAACAGCAACAGCAGCAGCAGCAACAGGCACAGCUCACCUGCGAUACCAGCAGUUAUAGCAGCUCUUCCUCCGCUUCCUCCUCCGCCACCUCUCAAUACCACUCUCAACAACAGUAUGGCAUGAUCACCAAGCCUGAGACGGGCACCAUCACCCCUAUCUCGCCCAUUAUGCACUCGGUCAAUUCUGGAUUUUUGGGAAGCACUAGUACUCAGCAGCAGCUUGACUCCAGCUACACUCAGUCCCAAUUGACCCAAUUUCAAUACCAACAGCUGCAGCAGAUGCACAAUGCCAUGAACGCACAACACAUGGGUAUGACUCUGGACUUGUCGGAAAUGUCUCUCGGAAAUGGCCAUGUCAGCGGCCUUGGCAGCUUAUCAGGGCUCGGUCAUAUCAACACCACCGGGCAUUACAAUCUUCACGGAGCGAUACCGGACCUCAACAGCACUUGUUCAACUCCAACUGCUCUGCCCAAGAUGGAUCUGCCUCUCAUACAGCCCUACGACCCCAAUAUGGCUGGCGCCUUGCUACCCCUCGGCCAUUUGACUCAGCACCAGAACACCUUGGAAUCCUCAUCAGAACAAUACGACGAAGAGCAGAUCGAUGCAAUAGGUACUCGGUACUCUCCUCUGUUGGAUCAUCACUACCACGCCCACGCAUACCAGCAGCACCAUUUCCAGAAUAACGAGUAUACAACCACAUCCUAUACAAUGAACGACCAUCAACAGCAGCAGCUUCAGUCCACAUACUCUGCUGCCAUGUCCCUGACAUCCAUGCCCCUGAUACAGCAGCAUAAUCAGCACUCUUAUGAGCAACAACAGCAGCAACGCCAAGGGUACCAGCAGCCUGAGUCUUCACCCAUGCUGACUCAAAACCAGAUGAUCCAAAAGCAGAUCCAGCAGGAGCAGCAGCGGCUCCAUCAGCAGCAGCAGCAACUGAGUGUCUCAACCUCAUUCGCGUCGCUCCCAGCGUCGGGAUCCUCCGCAUCCUUGUCUUCACCGCCUCCCUCAGCUGCUCCUUCGCUGAGCUGCUCUAUUACGACGCCUACCACGAGCAUGUCCCCAACGCCUCUCCUCGUCUCGGCCGCUCACUCGAACGCGUUGGUCAGCAGACUUCUACACCCUGCUCACGCUCUGUCCAGUCUCUUGGACCAUGAGCAAAAGAGCCAUUUAAGCACCGUUGCCGAGUUGGUCUCUGCCUCUCAUGAUCUCUAGAGGAUCCCCUCUGCCCCUGUCUUUAUCUCUCGUCUUUUCAUGACGACGUCUCUAAACAAUAUGAUGCCUCCACCCUCUUGGACGUUGCUCGCUCCUUCAUGUAUAUAUGCCUCUGUCUCUCUCUUUCUCUCCUUCUCUCUCUCUCAUUCAUGCACACCCACUUAUUUCCUUCAUCUUUGCGCCUCUUUUUCGAGACUUUUCACUACUUCGCGUUGUCAUGCUUCGCUCCUCUCAUGCUCGUUGUAUUGUUUCCUCAUGUUCAUCUCACGUCGCUGUUUUAUACCCCCCCUCCUUUCCCUCCUCCUCUCCUCGCUCCCUCCUUCCUUUUCCUCCCACAUUCCCUCGCCUUGCCGCGUCCCCUCAUUGUAAAGACCUAUGUUCUCAUAGACCCUGUAUAGCCUCCUAUAAUAAUACGUAAUAUGUACAACAUAUAAUCGCAAAG